AUGGUUCAAAAUAUUAAUUUGUGCACACCAAAUGUGGAAUUAACUAUGACAGUGGAUCCACUCACAGUGGACUUUCUAGAUGUACGAGUCAUGAGGGAAGGCAACAAGUUGGCCUACACGUUAUAUUCGAAACCAACAGAUCGUAAUACCCUUCUACAGGCUUAUAGUUUCCAUCCCAACUCCCUCAAAAAAUCUCUACCAUAUUCUCAAUUUCCCAGGGUUUUGAGGAAUAACUCUGAUCAAAGCAAGACUGAGGAACAAUUAGGACAUAUGUGGGAUAAGUUUCAACAGCGUGGCUACAGCAACCAUACAUUACAAAAAGCCCUUGACAAGUGCCAUUCAACACAAGAUACAUCAAAAGAUUCAUCCACAGGGAGGUUGGUAUUCCCAAAGACAUACACCACAGCGUCCUCACAAUUUAAGCAAAUUGUCGAUAAGAACUGGAGAAUCCUAAAGAAUGACAUCUAUUUACCUGAACCAUUUCCUGUGUUAAAGGAGGAAUAA